AUGGCCGCCUCAAGUUCUUCCAGUGCGCGCACUGGAUCCAUCCAGUCACACGAUAGCCCCAAGGACGUGCUGCGAAGCAAGGCUGACCCUAACGCAGCCCUAUAUGAAGCACAGCCCAGUAUGGCUGUCAACGCCGAGCCUGGAACUCGAGACACCUUCUCCCUUCGGAGUAUGCAGCAUAAGGAUCGCGAGGGAAAGAUCAUUACUGACCCUGAUCUCUCCAACCCCACGCGAAACCGCCUCGAGCGACCACUGGAUACGAUCCGAGGCUUCGAAGCUGCCAUUGAAUCCCAUCGCAAGCAGAAUCGAAUGUAA